AUGGAUCGUCGACGUUUUUUAACCGUUGGGGAAAUAGAAUCCUACAUAAAAACUUCGAGCAGUGAGGAUGAAGGCGAAGUAGUUUCAGUUAAACGAAUGAAAAUUGUUAAGCCUAUUUCGAAAAAAAUAACUUCUGUUGUAUAUAUUCCACCAGCAGAUGUUGAUGCUGGAAGUGACGAAGAACUUAUUGACGAUAAUGAGAUGAUAACAGAGGUACCAGCUAUGACGGAUGUUUGUGGAGAGUUGGAGGUCGAACAUGAAUCAGAUGUGGAAGAUUUUGCGUCGCCGCCGUCAUGUUUAGUUGGAAUACCUGAUGAUGGACCAUCCUGUUCUGCAAAAACAACUAGCUGUGUACAGAAAAAGAUUUCGGUACACCAAACUGGAAAAAAACCAAACGAAUUGAUUUUAAAUCAAUCAGGUGUGGAAUAUUUAAAAAGCAAUAUUGUUGAUUCUAUAAGUGAGUCUGAAUAUUUUAUUCAUAAAAUUUUUCUUUCUGGUGGCAAAACACCAUUUGAAUUGUUUCUGCAGUUCUUCGAUGAAGAAAUAAUGGAAAUGCUGGUCGUGAAUACAAAUAUGUAUGCUCACCGAAAUAAUAUCGUAGUGGAUAUUAGCAAACAACAGAUAUACCGUUUCAUCGGAAUUUUGAUACUAAGUGGUUAUCAUAAAGUACCUCACGUUGAACAUUAUUGGAGUACACAGCAAACACUUGGUAUACCUAUAGUAAAGCAAGCUUUAUCACGUAAUAACUUCCAGUUGAUCAAACGAAUAUUUCAUCUAAUGGACAAUUAUGGCAUUGAUCCCACAGACAGAUUUGCUAAAGUCCACUUAUUGAUGCACUGA